AUGACAACCAAACGCCCGAUCAAUGCAGCAGACGUCGCAAAACUUCGAGACUUGCUGAAAGAUACAGACGCACACUUGGUGACAUCAGAAGAAACUGAAGCAUACACAAAAUCGAUUCAGCGCUGGUCAAGAGCCGCCGAGAAACCCGCGGGAGCAUGUCUGAUCCCAAAAUCUGCAGAAGCAAUCUCGAUUACCCUCAAAUAUGCCUUAGAACAGGAUCUCGAUAUUGCUGUCAAAGGUGGCGGGCAUUCUACUGCUGGCGCAUCAUCAACGAAUGGCGGAUUGCUCAUCGAUUUGAAUACGCACAUGCGAACCACUGAAGUCGAUGUCGAAGGGAGAACCAUCAAAGUUGGUGGAGGUGCAGUGUGGGGUGAUGUUGACGAGGCUCUCGCACCGUACGGCCUUGCGACGGUCGGUGGCACCGUCUCAGAUACCGGGGUCGGUGGUCUCACAUUCGGUGGUGGCUUUGGUUGGCUCACAGUCAAACACGGCCUGGUUGUCGAUAACCUCAUUUCUUGUACGGUCGUCUUGGCGGACGGUAACGUUGUCAAAGCCUCCAAUGAAGAUUACCAAGAUUUGUUUUGGGCUCUGCGUGGCGCAGGACAGAACUUUGGCGUUGGGGUUGAGUUCGAAUUUCGCACCCAUGAGACGGGCGACAUGUGGGCCGGCUUCAUGAUGUUUGCGCCAACGCCAGACAAUAUCAAAAAGGCUGUGAACGCCUGCAACGACAUCUUCACACCUGAUGCAGAGGGCAACUCCAAAGCAACUGGCAAAGCCGCAAGUGCUUUCGGCUUCGUCAGACCCCCACCCGCCGGCGGCCAGGUCUUGUUUUUCGUCGCGGCGCUCUAUCAUGGACCAGAAGAAGACGGCAAAGAGCUAUUCAAGGAAAUCGUUGCACUCGAACCAUUGAUGAGUACCAUGGCAAUGAUGCCAUACGCCAAGGCAAACAAACUCCUGGAUCUUCCCAUAGGCGCGCGUGUCUCUCUCAAGGGUGCUAGCUUUGAGCUUCCCGUCCGAGGCGAAUUCGUGGUAUCCGUCCUGGAAGCGUACACCAAGUUCACUGACGAGACACCUGAAGCGAUGGGUUCCCAGAUUAUGUGGGAGCUGCUCGAUCCGACCAAGAUUCUUGCUGUGACUAACUCUGAAACUGCCUUUGCGAACCGCGGACGACACUUCAACGUGGCUGUUGCGCCGUUGUGGUGGGAUGAGAAGAAUGAUCCGAAGUGUAGGCAGUGGUCGAGGGACGUCGCGCUGUUGUUCAAAAAGGAACUUCAGCGUGGCGGCGCGGAGACGAGCGAUAACAGGGACGGGUGGAUUGGGAAGAGAGGCAGUCACGGGGCGACGAUGGUAUACGGAAAUUAUGAUCAAUAUGAAGAGAAGUCCAGAGACGUCUUCGGCGACAACUACGAGCGUCUGCAAGAGCUAAAGGCCAAGUAUGACUCGCAGAACAUGUUCAACAAGCUCUUUGCUGUAACCCCGGCAACUUCCACACCUUAA